AUGUAUCCCCAGCAUGCCCCCCCUAUGGCACCGCCACAGAAACCAGAGACCUUCAUGCUCUCAACAGAAGCGCAACACAACCUUCCUCAUGAUGCGCAAGUCGCCCUGCAGCAAGUGGACAACCUGAAAUACUUCCUUUUGUCGGCGCCUGUUGACUGGCAACCCGACCAGCUGAUCCGUCGCUUCCUACUUCCGACCGGUGACUACGUUUCUUGCAUCCUAUGGAGCAACCUUUUCCACAUUUCCGGUACAGAUAUCGUCCGAUGCCUCGCAUUCCGAUUCCAGGCGUUCGGUCGCCCGGUGAAGAACGCAAAGAAGUUUGAAGAGGGCAUUUUCUCCGAUCUCCGAAACCUCAAGGCCGGUACCGACGCGACUUUGGAGGAGCCGAAGAGCGCUUUCCUAGACUUUUUGUACAAGAACAAUUGCAUUCGAACGCAGAAGAAGCAGAAGGUUUUCUACUGGUACAGCGUGCCACACGACCGGUUGUUUUUGGAUGCGCUGGAGCGUGAUUUGAAACGUGAGAAGAUGAAUCAGGAAGCGACCACUGUCGCCGUCAGCGAACCGGCCAAGUCCUUCGAAUUCGAUUCUUCUCAGUCACUUUACGAGCAAUUGACGAAAGCACAACAAGCAAACUCGUCCUCUUUUGCUGCCCACGCAAGUGCCCACGCAAGUACGACAUAUGGCCAGCCCAACUCCCCCGUGGUUCGGACCGUUGACGCAAUGCCUCCUCCCCAGAUGGCUCCCCCAGCGAUCCCUCUUCUCCAGGACGAGUCGACCCAUCCGAUGUACAGCAACCAACCGAUGCCCCUGUCGAACACCCUGGUCCAGAGCAUUAUUAAACGAGAGCAGGACUACGGAACCGUUCAGUACGAUCGCAAUGGAAUGCCAGUCGCCCGCAUCCAUCAGCGCCACUCCUCUAUGCCGACCUUCUACGAGUACUCCCCCGCCCCGUCCUUUGUGUCCUCCCAAUACGAGGACUACAGCAACCGUGGCCUGUCCUUUGAGCCAGUCACCCCACCUCAACACUCGGUCGGACUCGGUGCGGAGCCCGCAUACAUCGCCAAUGAAGAUACAGGCCUUUACACCGCGAUUCCGGAUCUCUCUCAUGCGACGCAGUACAACCCCAUGAUGCAGCUUCCGCCUUCCAACUUUGCUGGUCAUUACCAAUCAGCGCCCCGGCCCUACUCGUCAAACCCUUACUCCGUGAUUGAGGGAUCGCCAACUUACAAGCAGCGACGGCGACGACCAUCUAUCACUCCAGGCCCACAGGGAGCUCCUGGCGUCAUGAAUGGCAUCCCAUCCACUCAAUCUAUUUCGCACUCAACCACUUACGCAGCCCACAGGCCCAGUGAUCUUCGGCGCUCAGUGUCUAGCUCUGUGGCUCCAGGUCUUGAAGUUGACGAAUCGGCACAUGACCUGACACGUACAUACCCGAGUGCCAUGCUUCCUCAGAAGGAUUUGCUGCAUGAAAUCUCGCGUCACGGUACCCCACUACAGCAUCUUGAUGGUAGCGUUGAGCCACAAUCGGUACCUUUGUCAAACCCGCAUGACGACUUGGCGGCGCUACCCACCAGCGCCGCUAUUGAAACGACUGUUCAAAAUAGUACCAGCCGUUCGGACCGCUCGGGCCCUGGUCCUGCCCGUCGGGCCCGCAGUGCAACAAUGAUGGAACUGGGUCCCUACCCACAAAAAUCGCAUUCUUGCCCGAUUCCGUCAUGUGGCAGACUAUUCAAGCGUCUAGAGCAUCUCAAAAGGCACGUGAGAACUCACACACAAGAACGUCCCUACCCCUGUCCAUACUGCAGCAAAGCUUUCUCGCGUUCCGACAACCUUGCCCAGCAUCGUCGAAUCCAUGAGGCCCAACAAGAUGGUCAACCUCUUGUAUCCGAAGAGGACCUGGAGAACGAUGUGAACGAUUCCGACUUCGCCGGUGAAGACUCCCCUCCACCAGUGCCGGAGCCCAUUCAUGCGUCCCACAUGGUUAACAUGCCCGCCAUGGCACCCAUGGCUGCACCUAUGAGCAUGCCUUCCGCUGUUCACCAUCCCAGCAUGGUUGGCGCCCACAUGAUUGCUCCUCAGCUUCUGCAGCAGCAAAUGUAA